AUGGUGUUGCAGACUACUUAUCAAGACAAAGCUAUUCAGACUGAGAACAAAGAUGAAGAUACAAUUGAAAAGCUACUCAAAGCCAUUACUAAACUUUUUACUAAAGUGGAUAGUAUGGAGAAUGAGAUACAAACGCUAAAGAAUAAUGAAGAGAACAUGAAGUCUAAAGCUAGCAUAAGUCAGCAGCAUGACUAUAAAAAUGCGGAGCUACGUCGAUCGGAAGACGGUAAAAUUCCAGAGAUAAAAGGAGACGAUGGGAAACUCCCUAAAACCCAUAAUGUUUGUUUGAAUACAGCUGCAGGUACAAGCAGAAAAGUUAGUGAAAAACCACGAAAUACAAAUUUAAACCAGUUAUUUGCAAAACCAUUUAUUCAAUGUACACCAAAACAAAUACCCAUAGAACCACAAACUUCUACAUUUUAUGGAUAA